AUGCCAUCUUACGGAUCGCUACAUUCGCCAUCUCUCCGCAAAAUGAACGGGGGAAUGGAUAGCAAAGGUCGGCGGGCGGGAGGGAUGAGGACCAUGAGCAUGGACAAUAUACUGGGUGACCCUUUUGCGUUGGCGACAGUCUCAAUCGCGAUGCUCGCAUGGUUCAUCGCCUUCGUCGGCUCAGUAAUCGCGACCGCUCAGCAUAGCUUUCCCAACUACUCUUGGUUCGCCAUCGCGUACAUGUUAUGUUGUAUUGUAGCGGUAUUUGUGGUAAUUGCGUCGGAUACAACCCAAACAUAUCACGUAGCCAUCGUGGGCUAUCUUGCCUGUGGCCUCGUCUUGACAAGCUCUUCGGUCAACUCAUUGAUAUAUUCAUCAAACGGUGCAAAGGAAGCGACGGCUGCUGGACACAUUCUACUGUCCAUGGUGAAUAUUAUCUGGAUUUUCUACUUUGGAUCGACACCCUCCGCCGUACCCCGCGCAUAUCUUGACUCGUUCGCCUUACACAAGGAUCACAGGGCUUCGCAAGGUGGAAGACCAAUGACCAAUGGUUACGCAGGAGGUCGCCCCGACACUUCCGUCUCCUCCAACGUCCCACCACAGAUGUAUACAUCUGCUCAACUUGGUGGCUUCGAGACAUCAUCCCCUGUAGCGGGAUUCCCAGGAGGAGCAGCAGGAGCCGAGCGCGGCUCUUCGACACCAAGGUUUGGCCAAGCACCACCAACAGCGAGCAAUCUCAACACAAGCGCGCCGAUGGGCAGUGAGCCUACAGCGGGAGACGUGGUGGCGCCGACAGAAUACCCAUACCGAGCGAAGGCCAUCUACUCAUACGAGGCCAAUCCCGACGAUGCAAACGAAAUUUCCUUCUCGAAACACGAGAUAUUAGAAGUAUCAGACGUCAGCGGAAGAUGGUGGCAAGCGAAGAAAGAGAGUGGAGAUACCGGAAUUGCGCCCUCGAAUUACUUGAUUUUGUUAUAG